AUGCCACAACCCCCCCUCGAGAUCGAAUCCACUCUAUCCUUUACGGAGAAGUAUGGCCGCUGUCUCCAAAUAAUACACUAUGGAUCCAAUAGCACAACCCGUCUCCACGAAAGCAAAUCAGCCCACUGGCACUUAUCCUCAAAUUCCAAACAGCCUCCCCGAUUCUAUGCAAUCAAAGUAUACCGCCACAAUAUCCUCGACUCAAACAAUCCUCUUUCUCACGCCCCGUCAUGCUCUCAACUCUCAAUAUCAAAUCUACACCCAGACCACCCCAACAUCCUCCAAAUAACAGACCUCCUCUACAACGAACGCUCAGAACUCUGCCUCGUUACACCCUUCUGCGGAGGCGGCGACCUGCAUGAACUCCUAUCCCGCCACGGACCUCUCCCAUCCAACGAAGCAGACUGUCUACUCGCCCAAAUUCUCCGAGCCCUCUCUUUCCUCCACGACCACGACACCGCGCACCGCGACGUCCGUCUCAAAACAAUCCUUCUAACAGCCAACGGCGCCGUAAAACUAGCCGGUUUCGGCAACGGACAUAUCGGACGGCUAUGGAACGAGUCUGCCAUUCCAAUCCCCGAAGCCGAAGCUGAAGGCGAAGGCGAGGGCGAGGGCGAAGGCGAAGAAUCAGCAACAUUCCACUCUUCUCAACACACCCACUCCCACUCCCAGCCAUCGAGUUGGUCAUUCUCUCUCCCCUGGCUUCUAUCCCCAUUCAAACACGAGCAUCAACACCAACAGCAUCAAGCAGCCCGUGGUAAUGGGGAUUACUCCAGUUCCUCAGCUUCAUUUUCAGGAAUCAGUAUGCCUUACAUUCCACCCGAAGGCUUGCGGUAUCGAGCGCAUCGCUCCGCGCACGAAUCGGACGAUGUGUAUGAUGGUGAUGAUCCCAGACCAGCGGAUGUGUGGUCUGCGGCGAUUAUUUAUCUUGCUAUGGUUAAUGGUCGGCUUCCCUGGCGCUCUACCCGUCCCCGCUGUGAGGAUACGAGGUACUUGGAGUAUCUGAGUUCUCGACUUGAUGAGGACGGAUACCCGCCUAUUGAGGCGUUGGGAGGGAGACGACGAAAUGCGAUUUAUGCGAUGUUGCACCCCAAUCCGAAGAAACGGAUCACUUCAAAUGCUAUACUAAAGUCGGAGUGGAUGGAUAGUGUAACUAUCUGUGAGGCCGGGGAAGUAGGCUAUUGA